AUGUCUGAUACACCUUCUCUUAAUAUAGCCUUAAUCGCCGAACAACGGUCGACCUUCCACAGCAAAGGUUAUUCAGAAGAAGAAUGUGCGGCUUUACCACACAAUGGUGAAGCCGAUACUGUGCUGACUACCCUGCGAGGCCUUGGGCAUCAUGUUACACUAGUCCCAGGAAUCCAAUCUCUUGUCAAGCACCUAGCGGCUGGCACAUAUAAGGAUUGGGAUCUGGUAUUUAACAUCACACAAGGAUUUCAUGGACCAUCCAGAGAAGCCCAGGUUCCAGCGCUGUUAGACGCCUAUCAAUUGCUUUACACAUUUUCUGACGCUGCCACGAUGGCACUUUGUCAGAACAAGGCCCAUACUAAGAUUAUUCUGGCUCAUCAUAACAUACCCACCGCUCCAUUCUCGGUGAUCUCACGGAAGGACCAGAACCUGAGCCUUGAGAAUCUUAACCAUAUGUCAUCGCACUACCCACUCUUUUUAAAGCCAGUUAUAGAAGGAUCGUCUAAGGGAAUCGACAGAUUUAACAAAGUGACAGAACCUGCCGAGCUAGAAUCGGCAGUCAAAAAGCUACGAUCAAAAUUACCCGACCAAGAUAUCUUGGUGGAACCUUUUCUGUCGGGACGGGAGCUUUCAGUGAGCAUUCUAGGAACUGGUGUCCAGAGUUGUGUGGUUGGCGUCAACGAGCUUCUAUGGCAAAACCCCAGGUCCAGCGGCUUAGAGUUUGCCAGCAGAAAAAGCAAGUGUAGUGACGCAAACAUGCUGGUAGGACGGAAUGACCCGGGGCUUAUGACUGAACCACAGGUCAAGGUUGCCUGCCAGGUUGCAUUGGACGCUUGGAGAACCUUGGGCUGCCGUGAUGCUGGGCGGGUCGACAUUCGGUUCAACUCCGAUGAGCACGAUGCUGUCCCUAACAUUCUAGAGCUGAAUCCUAUAUCCGGCCUUCUUCCCGGCCAUUCGCCGCUGGCGAAGAGCGCCGAAGAAAAUGGGGUUCCAUACGAAAGACUGUUGGCAGCGAUUAUCCAAAGUGCUCUCACCAGAAAGUCUGCUUGCUAUUCUUAG